AUGGCGGCGUCCUGUGGUCGCCACCUGUGCCGAGAGUGCCUAGCAAAAUCUAUUUCUAUUCAUAAACAUACAUCCCAGUUUUGGUUUCCGAGGGCUGCGUUUCACACAUCCCCAAAGAGCCGAAAUGGAUUUUUGUCACUGCUGCACAAACGAGGCUUAAUAAAGGAUUCUUUUCCUCAAGACGCGGCGCAGGUACGUCUCCCACAGCUGCUUCAGUCUGCCCCUCAGACGGUGUACUGCGGGUUCGACCCGACCUCUGACAGCCUGCACGCCGGUCACCUGCUGCCCCUCAUCGGCCUGCUGCACUUUCGCAACGCCGGACACCACGUUAUCGCCCUGAUCGGAGGAGCCACGGCGAGGAUCGGUGACCCGAGUGGCAAGAACAAGGAAAGAGAUCGUUUGUCCUCAUCUGUAGUGGAGAGCAAUGCGAGGUCUGUACUGGACAGCCUGCACCAAAUCUUUACCAAUCAUGAGCUGUAUUUCUGCAGCGAUCCUCACAAACUGGGUAGCAUGCGCGUCCUGAACAAUGCGAGUUGGUACAGGGACUGGAACGUGGUGGAGUUUCUGGCUGAAACAGGACGGUAUUUCCGUAUGGGCACCCUGCUCAGUAGGCACAGUGUGCAGUCAAGGUUAAAGAGUGCCGAGGGUAUGAGCCUGACUGAGUUCUCCUACCAGCUCUUCCAGGCCUUUGACUUCUAUUACCUCAACCAGAUGCAUGGAUGCAGGAUCCAGCUGGGUGGAACAGAUCAGCUUGGGAACCUGAUGUCAGGACAUGAGUUCAUUCACAAGAAGUCAGGAGAAGAGGUUUAUGGACUGACACUACCACUGUUGACCACAUCAGUGGGAGAUAAACUCGGAAAGACGGCAGGAAAUGCUGUGUGGCUGAACCGGGAUAAAACGUCUCCCUUUGAAUUUUACCAGUACUUCCUCAGACUACCGGACAGCGUUAUAGAGAGCCAUCUGAAGCUGUUCACCUUUCUGCCGCUGACUGAGGUGGAGAAGGUAAUGGAACAGCAGAGGGCAGAUCCAGGCAAGAGGACAGCACACAAACGCCUUGCUGCUGAGGUCACCAAACUGGUGCAUGGCAAGGAAGGACUGGAGAGUGCCAAGCGGUGCAGCAACGCACUAUACCACAGCAGCACUGAGGCUCUGGAGCAGAUGGAUGAUGAUGAGCUAAAGGAGUUGUUCAGAGAAGCUCCGUUUAAGGAGUUCUUUCUGGAGCCAGGGACCACAGUACUGGAUGCCUGUAGCAGGAUCCAGGCCAUUCCUGAAGGACCCAGAGGGUAUCAGAUGAUAACUGAUGGUGGUGUGUGGAUUAACCACCAGAGGGCAACAAACCCAGAGCAAGUACUGGUACCAGAUCAGCACAUCCUGUCUAAUGGACUCAGUCUGAUCCGAGUGGGCAAAAAGAACUUCUACAUUAUUAAGUGGCUCAGUAUGUGAUUGGCAUCCUUAAAACAGGAGUUUACAGACCCGAAGUUGUACUGGGCAUAGACUGACACUCCAUGCCACUGACACCUAGUACACCUCAUUCCUGAGGUGUAUGGAAUUGCAAGGCCUGAUCUGUGGGCUUGCAAGGUCACUAGCUGGAGGACAGGAGAAGCGGCACCGAGACCUGUGCGGAUCUAUCAAGGAACAGAGAAGAUUAUAUCGAAUUUCCUACCAAAACGUAAAGAAGCAACUUACUGUUUGAGUUGAUGUGUGUUUGUAGUGUUGUCUGAGAAAUUGUAUUUGGUUAAUUGAUUGAGUAACGUUAUGCUCCAAGUAAUUAUUACAAUUUUUGGAUGAUGGUUUUAAAAUAAACGUGAUACCAGACUUC